UGAACUUUUUAUUCUUAUAUAUAUUAUAUAGUGGUUUUAAUAACCCGAACUUACAACAGAAAGCCACAUAGACAACCACAACAAAAAGGAAAUUACAGUCACAUGCUGCCGGAGUGAGUAUCGACGGCAUGCUUCACUUAUUAUCACAUACUAUAUAUAUAUAUACACGUUAUUUCCAUUAUGCAUGAAAAUAACUUUGAGAAAAUAAAAGCACAACACAUAAAUCACUGCAUGCAUGCAGGGAAGACGCCAUAUUUCAAACUUUUCGACUUGUGUCUUUUUUCAAGGGUUCUCAGCUUCGACCCUCUUGCCGAAGACAAUAAUGGAAGGAAUGGGAAUGCCGUCGGCAUCGCCGCCAGCCGAGUCCACUCCUUCGUCCUUCUUGCCGAA